CCUUUUCCUAAUCCUUUCUCGUAUUCCACCAAAAUGUUAUAUCUGCUUGGCAAUAAAAAAGGGAUUCUUUCAAUUAUAUCUUUUUGAGACUUGUAAUCACAUUAGUCUUGUAAUUCGUGAUAGGUAACCCUUUUUAUCUGAGUGUUUUGGUAUUCGAGUCGCAAAAGUUCAGGCUGAAAAAUUCCUAGACUUAAAGUUGACGACUUUCCUUAAAGUCUUUCAAAGAUUUAGAUUGCUCUUUUUUAAAUUCAAUUUGUCUAUACCCUCACUGAUCUCUUGAUUGGAAAGAUCUCUCCGACCUUUACUUAUAGUGAACGAAAAGGUUUUCGUACUUAAACAUGAACAAUCCUGAUAAUCCUUAUUCUUUCUUAUCAAGCCAAAAUGCUGCCUCUGAUGAGAUGACACCAGAGGAAAAGUCAAUGAUGCUACAAUCUAAAAUCGUUACAUUUAUGCAAGAAAGCUGUGUAUUCAAAAGUAUCGCUGCUGGAGGUAUGGGGUUUGGUUUGGGUGGUAUAUUUGGUCUUUUCAUGUCCUCUCUGGAUAUGCAAAGUAUGGACCCCCAAAUCUAUGAAAAGAAAUUCCGUGAACAGCUACGUAUUCAAUUGAAAGAUAUGGGCUCCCGCUCUUACUCGUCAGCUAAAAGUUUUGGUGUCCUUGGUCUUAUAUUCGCUGGCUCUGAGUGCAGUAUCGAAGCUUUCCGUGCUAAAACUGACAUCUACAACCCAACCAUCGCCGGUUUUUUUACCGGUAGCAUUUUAGCUAGACGAUCAGGACCAAAGGCCAUGGUAUUAGGUGGUGCUGGUUUCAGUGUCUUUUCCUAUGCUAUCGAAAAAUGGAUGAUGAAUUGGUACGACUAAUACUUAUUACAUGCCGCAAAGAUAUACACCCACAUUCUUUGUUUCAAACCUAAUUCUAUCGUUUCCCUAUACUAUUACCUUUUUCGUUGCACUUUUGGUUAUUCAUGUUUUGUCUCCCAUUCUUCUUUAAUACCGCUUACUUUUCUAGUUAACACUGCAUACCUAUUACGGAUUUUCGCAAAGAAAUAAUACAGUGACUGCGCUGCUCAUUUCAAGUUCAUUAAAAUAUAAUCUAAGCGUUCCAUAAUUAAUCAUAGUAUGAAUAAAUAAUCAUCUUAAGAAAGCAUGUUUUAUACCCAAAAAUUCUGUUGAUCAUUUCGAUUUCUUU